AUGGCAGGUGAAAUGUUGGUGACGAGAUGCUUGUUGGCGCUGAUGGUCGUUGUUCCUGGGUUGCACGCCUCAUACCCGAGUGCGGCUGACGAGGAGAACGCAUUCCACCUACGACUGAAGGUCGACCAUUCUGAGGAGAGCACAGGACACCAGUUUCCAUCGCAGGAGUUCUACCAGCACCAUCCGGUGGCAGAGUAUCAACAUCCUACCGUAGCUCAACACUCGCACUAUCCGGCGCAACAAGAGCAGCAGCACUACCUGGUCCAGUCGGGCUACAACAUCGAGACGCAGUCGGGACAUACUGUGUCUUCGCAUCCGCAACAUUACCCUCAUCAGCAGCACGGUGUACAACGGAAUUCGGCCCUUCCGUACAACAACCAGCGUCUGCACGUGAAAGUCGAACAUCCGGGAGCGGCCCAUGGGUUCUCACAUCCCAUCGUUCCAUCUGCCCAGCAUCUCCGGCAGCAGUUGGCCCAGGAACCGAAGAAGGACUACCGGGCGUCGAUCCCCAAAAGCAUCGCCCCGAAGCUCAAUCCGCUGCACCAUUCGUUCCAUCAGAAGCGUAACUUUGUCCCGUUGCAUCACAUCACGCGGCAGGUUCCGCUUCCGGCUGGAAUGGCUGUCCCAGUGCAGCAUCACUCCCACGCUCAGCCACAAUCGGUGAAGGUUGCUCUAUCUGCACCUCCGCCAAAGCACGUUUCCGGUUGA